AGUCGCUCGUUUUCAGCGACAAAAUCAGUCACGUGACAGUAUUUUAGAUUUCCCGCGGCUUGAAAAAAUCCAGCGAUAAAGCUGGAUAUGUUGAACUUUGUCGCUGGUACAUAGGAGCCAUAAUAUAAAUGAUAAUAUAGAAACAAUCGAUUUUUAACUAUCGAUAAGUAGCAUUUAAUCAACGGUAACAAUAAAAAUAUUUAUAAAUUAUAAAUUAUUUAUACUGAAGUUAAUUUAUUUUUGUUGACGAUGAUGGAUUUGGAUGAGCAAAUACAAGUUGUUUAUACAUGUGGCGUUUGCAAUAUAAUUGUCGAGAUUAUAGAAACUCAUUCAUGUAUUGAAUCUUACGGAAAAAUAUAUCUCGAUGAUAAUAAUUACUUCUAUCCGAUGACAGAUACUGGAGCUAUCAUUCGUCGAAGUUUAUUAAAUGAUGGAACUGAAGCGGUAGUUGAAGAUGUUGAUGCAGAAAAUCAAAAUCCUAACGUAUCCGGAAAAAAGAACUCCUUAAAAAAAGCAGUACCAUCAAAAUCUCCUAAGCGACCGGUUUCUACGAAACGAAGCGAAAAGUUAGACGAUAUUGACAUUGAGCUUCUCAUUCUUGAGGUUGAGAAGAGAAUCCCAUUGUGGAACUUCACAAUCCCGAUCGAAGAACGAAGUAGAGAAACGGUCUCAAAUUUGUGGGAAGAAGUUUCGACAGCACUGAAUGGACAAAUUAGUGGCCCGGACGCUAAAAAAAAGUUUAAAAGCUUGAGAGAUGUAUACCGACGAAUAAUUCAUGCUGAACAACUACCAAGUGGCUCUGGACGCGUUAACCAAAAAGAGAAAUGGAAAUUUUACGCCCAAAUGGAAUUUCUACGGGAUACUUGCCUUGUUUGACCAACAAGUAGUAAUGUUAGCCGAGUUGUCGAAGGGGAGCAUGACGAAAAUGAAUGUGAUUAAUCGAUCGAUUUAAGUGAGAUCGUCGAGGAACAAGUCAAUGAAGAGAGCAGUCAAACGCUUGAUGUUCAGCCAAAUAAAAAACCAAAGAGACGUUCUACAAAAGAUGAUGAUACGAUUAUCAUACUUAAUCGUAUUGCCGAUGCAAUUGCGAAAGAAGAACCACCCCCUGUAUUACCUCAAGCUCCACAAAUAGAUGAUGUGGACGGUUUUUUGAUAGGAAUUGGUACUUAUUUGCGACGAUUGCCACAGCAACAAAAAAUGGAAACUAUAAUUGAGAUUUUAAAUUUGGUUCACCAGAAGUGCCGGCGUUUCGCUGCUGACAAUUGAUAUUCAUCUACCUAAUCACCGGUUUU